CAGAAGUUUGCCUGUGACCCUCCCCCAGUUGAUGCUCUCAAGAAUGAACAGGUUUAUCUUUCCGAAUCUGAUCUCCUGCCUUUCCUGACAGCUGUAGGAGGUGAGAAAGAGGUCACUAUGGUAAUGAUUCAGCUACGAGCUCACGUGGCCUUCCUCGUGCUCCCUCUGUUUGUAUUUGGGGCACCUGCCGAUGAGCUUGACCCCAAAGAAGCAACAACCCUCCCAAAUGGCUGCAGGCGUUGCUGUGACCCACUGGAUUCUCGAGGCUCCUCAGAGCCUACCCCCGGCUCAGCUGGGCACCAUUCAUCGUUGUACCCAAUGCCAGAGGUCCGUCCAUACAUCAACAUCACCAUACUGAAAGGAGACAAAGGAGACCAGGGGGAGCCUGGGACUCCAGGGAAAUGGGGCAAAGAGGGGCCACCAGGAGAGCUGGGUCCCCAGGGUCAGAAAGGCAGCAAGGGGCAGAUGGGUGCCCCAGGGGAUCCCUGCAAGCACCAGUAUGCUGCUUUCUCCGUGGGUCGCAAGAAGGCGCUGCACAGCAGCGAGGGCUACCAGGCCCUGAUCUUCGACACCGUCUUCGUCAACCUCUACAGCCACUUCGACAUGUUCAAGGGCAAGUUCUACUGCUACACGGCCGGCAUCUACUACUUCAGCCUCAACGUCCACACCUGGAACUUCAAGGAGACCUACAUGCACCUCAUGCACAACAACCAGGAGCAGGUCAUCCUGUACGCCCAGCCCAGUGACCGCAGCAUCAUGCAGAGCCAGAGCCUCAUGCUGGAGCUGCGGGAGAACGACGAGGUCUGGGUGCGUCUCUACAAGCGGGAGCGCGAAAACGCCAUCUACAGUGAUGACGUGGACAUCUACAUCACCUUCAGUGGCUACCUGAUCAAGCCCAGUCUGGAAUGACUGCCCUCCUCCCUCUGCCCUUUCUCGCACGCUCUUUCUCUCUCUCCCUCUUUUCACUGCCCGCAAUCACUGCAAACCACAAGGGAGGAAGUGGGUGGGGGGCUCCUUAGGAGGGUCAUGGGGUGGGAGGAUAGCAAGGAGCCUGAAAGAAAACACCUGCUAUUCAAAUCGGGACCAUCAGCAUUCAAAAUGUGCCACUGACUACCUGGUAAGCCCCAUUUGUCUCAAACAGGGGAUCCCGCAGGUCACUGCUAACCUUCUUAGGCUGUGAGAGCCUUCCCACGACUCAAUCAGCUGUAGGGACACAGGCAAUGAUACAGAGCAAGGGAGGGACAGGACAGGACAGUCCCUGGCUGUGUCAAUCAUCACUCAUCUGGGAUGCAGAAGGUCAGAUCCUCAGCUUAGGCAACUCAGUGUCGCUCCAUUGAAGUCAAUAGAGUUACACUCAUGGAUUAGGGAUGUAAUUGUGUCUUCAAUUAACCGAUAAGCAAAAAAUUAUAGGUAAAUGCUACAGGCCACAUGCAUUCCUCCUCCUCCCCAACAGUAAAAUUUUUAGCAGGCUGGCCAGCAGCCUGGCUCAGUCCUAGCUCGCCCUGGGUCUAGGACUUACCUCCACUGCGGCUCUGCCUUUAAACUGUAUUAGGAGCCAGGCAGAUAGGCAGCUUGGCUCAGUUCCAGCUUGCGCUGGGUCCGGGAGCUCCGCCCCUCCCCACCUUUGCUGCUACCUCUGAUACAGAAGCAGCAGCAUGGCAGCCGGUCUGCAAAGGGAGCUGGUUUUUAAACUGGCUCCACUUGCAGAUCAGGUCCCACCCGGCAUCCUGCACUGCUGCCUAUGAUAUGGAGGCAGCAGUUCGGAGUGGAAGGGGCUCCUCAGGAGUGGGGCCAAAGAGCACUGGCUGCACACUAAUCCCACCCCCGAGGACUAUAGACUAGUUGAAUAAUCUAUAAGAAUUCAUGAGGUUAAUUGACUAUUCAAUUAACUGAUAUUUAACAUCCCUAUCAUGGAUGCCUGCUGCAAAUCUAGCCCUACCUAUUGAAAGGGCGCGAGACCCUGCUGGACCCCAGCAAAACUCCCCUCCAGUCUCAGCAAUCUUGUCAGGCUCAGAGCCAUCCUGGCUUUGCAGAACCCCUUUCCCGGAGACUGAAAGCAGACUUGCUUCGGCUCCCCUGCCCACGAAGUUUAUACCAGUGUAAUUCUGUCCACUUCCGCAGAGUUCCCCUGACUGCACGCUGGCGUGAGAAGAGACUCAGACCCUGGAUUGAACUGCCGCAGUCCCAUAGGUGUGGCUAGAGCAGCGCUGGUAGGAGGCCAUUCCUUUAAAGUCCCACCUCCACAUUAGAAAGGCUGGGGGUGGGGGAUGGCGGAAACUGACUGAGUCAGAGGGUGGUGGAAAGUUAUGCUUUUACCACUAAUACAGAGGGUCAGCUCCUGUCCAGUACCCCUCCCAAAAAAACUCCAAUGGAAGAGGGUUACACAGUAGCUGCUUGGUAGCUUGUACAAAAUGAGCUGAGCAUUUCAGUCCCGCUCCCAGUGCCCACAUUGAAAAUGUCUUCACCUCAUUAGCUCUGUCUCUGUUGCCUGUGAUCUCUGGUGAAGCCCAGAACGGAGAGCCCUGGAGACUGGGAUGUGCACCCAGCCCUCGCAGGCGGGUACGAUGUGUUGGCGGGGCUGCACAGCAAAGCUGGUCCUGUCCCUGCCUGUACAUUACAGCUGGGGAGUACAGCAGCCCUCAGCACUCACCUAGCUCUGCUUCUACUGACAUCAGAGGCUUUGCCACUGACUCCAGUAGCAGCUGAAUCAGGCCAUUUCUGAGCACUUUUGAAAA